AUGACAACAAAGCCAACGUCGCGUCGUCUGCCUGAAGUCAAUAGUGGAAUUACCACAACUUGGAUCCCCUUCACAACUCCCAGUCCGCCCCUUGCAAGUGGUUGCUCGUCUCAGAUCUAUCGAGUGCCGGGCAGCAGCGAGUUAGUGGCCUUCGAUCCGUACUUUGCAAAAAACGUCCCCAAGGCGGCCCAAUGUCUACCUUCGGAGGUGAUGAAGAUAUGGGAAUGGGAGCAAGGCAGCACAGGGCCGACGAAAUUUAGUCUGGGACCCUUCAACUGUCCGUCACUAUAUACUCCUGCGGCUACCGCAAGUCUGAAUGCGAUUAGUACAAUAUUGGCUUGCUGCCCUUCGCAAUAUAUUUACCGUGCGGAUAGCAAGUGCAUAUCGACAGUGGGAUCUCGGCAGGUACUUGUAGUCGAUAGCCCCUCCGGUGGGCUCGCUCCAAGGGCAGAUCCAACAGGCUCUGCGGCCUCAACCAUCGUCACUGGAUUCAUGGUCACAGGAUACGUAUUUGCUGACGAUAUAGCUCCAUCGCCUAUAACGACCAUAGCUGCACCGAGUGUGGCGAGUUCCAAUCCACCAGGGGUAGCCGCGCCGAGGUUCACUUCACCAUCCAUCGCAACUCUGCCAAACACAUCUAGCACGCCCACCUCUUCACAUACGGCCUCCUCUGCUACCCCUCUGGCAUCCUCGAAUGGGCUUAAUGUUGGGGCCAAGGUCGGCAUCACCAUCAGUGUCGUAUUUGUAAUCAUUACGGCCGUCGCCCUUUUAGCUGGCCUGCAUAUCAAACGGCGGCGAAACAAACAGCGGGGGCGCAAAGAAGGGCAGGGGGAAGUCGCUGUUAUAGAGCGCCAACUAAUAUCCCGCGAGGAGCAGCAGCAGCCGCCGCCACCACAGGGACAGGAGCAUGAGCUAUCAAAGCAACAACCGGAGAUGCAACGCCAGAGGCAGCAGGAAAUGGCGGGGUUUCAAAUGGCCCUCUCCCCUGAUAUGCUCGGGACGUUCGAGACUCGUGUGCACCCCCCGACGAGGUCGCAGAUUGAUCCGGGGCCUUUUGAGAUGGAAGUGCAGGAAAAGUACGAGAUGGAUGCUGGUGAUGUAGAUGGAUCGAUGGUGAAGGGUAUACCAAUCACGGACGAGAGAGAAAGGGAUGUCCGGCAGGCCAGGCCAGAGCACAUGGUUGAGGUAGGGUAUGACGAAAUCGGGACCGCAAUAGAUACACCUGGAAUUCGACCUAAUAAUGUAAUAGUUUCCCAAGACAGAUGUGGGGGUUGUAAUAGCUUUGGAAGGACGACGCCGGAUAGAACUUGGAUUAGAGAUGGGAGUACCACGCCAGAUAGAUCAGGGGUUAGCAAUAGCUUCGUAAGGGCACCAGAUAAAUUCGGGAGUGGGAAUGGGAGAACUCCUGAUAGAUAUGGAGUUGGGAGGAGCCUUGGGAGGACUACUCGUGAGGGUAUGGACUCGCGAUCCGAUGUCCCAGGGGGGUGUAUAUCACCAAAUUCUACCGCCGAGAGAUCGUUCCUCGAUCUAUCGGACGGAGAAGAUAGCAAUUAA